CAGCAUUAAAAUUGCAUUUUAAACGGUGCUGUUUUGAUUGCGGUUUUUCUGUGUGAUUAAGGGCUAAACAAGAAGAAGGGCUAAAGAACACUUUCACCCUGUGAUGCUUCUCUACACGUGAGAUUACCUGGCUGCAGCCCAUUCCAGGAGAAGUUGGACUGCAACCUGAAGCCUUCUUAUAAUAUUAAUAAUAGCUUGUGUCUUAUUAAAAGAAAAAGUGAACCCUCCAAUCAAACUUGAGCAAAGCAGGAAAGGAUUUGAUGACUUAUCCCUCCAGUCUACCAGAUCAACGCGUUUCUUUCCAGCUGGCAUUGCUUUAACCCCCAAGCCUUAAAUGUCCUUACUUAGAUACUCCCAGGUGGAAAACUUUAAAGAAGCUGCUACAAACGGAGCCACGGAGGAAUUCCUCCCCGGUGUAAACUUUUUGUGCUGCUGAAGGACAGCUAAGCUACAGCAAACUUCCACACUUCUCUCUAUUUGAGGACUGAGUUUCCCUUUUACACUGAACUGUGACCUGUCUCUUUACACCUCUGUUUCAGUCCUUUUCCUCUGAUACCUUCUUCCAUAUACGUGCCUCUCUUUCUCGUAACUUCACUCCUGUUUUUCCGGUUGUCUCUCUUGACUUGUUUUUCUUGCUCUCUACAUUUCUGGGGGCUUCUGUCCCACUCCUUGCUGCAACACUGGAUUUCCUGCAAAUGAGGCACCUGAAGAGGAAGAGGAAGAGCAACUACAGCGUGAGGGAAACACAAAUUCUCAUCAGGGAGAUCCACAAGAGGAGAGACGUGUUGUUCUCCAGACAGCAGAACACAGCCAUUAAUGAGCUGAAGAGGCAGGCAUGGGAGGAAGUGGCACAAGGUGUGAAUGCCCUGGGAGAGGGGGAGCUACGCACUGCUGCCGAGGUGAAGCGUCGUUACCUCGACUGGCGUGCGCUUAUGAAGAAAAAACAGCUGCAGACUGAACUCUCUCUCUCUUCCUCGCCCCCCUCUUUGGCCAUUAAGACUGAGUAUGAAAAUUCCUCUCCAGAGCACGAGGCGCCUUCUUUGGGAUCUGGUUGUGACCAGCUGCUUGACCUCUCGGGCUUCCCAAAGGACUGGCACUGCGACUGGCCGGAGAUGGUGGCUCUCAGCGGGUCGAGCGGGCAGGCCGCGGGGGCACUGCCGGGAGUAAAGCUGGAGGACGAUCUGGACGGGGAUGUGGGAGAUGGAGAAAUGGAUGAUGAUGAUAUUCCCUCUCUCCUUUGUGACAUCGAGGCACGUGUAGAGGGGCAUGAUACUGAUGUUUUUUCCCACAAUGACUUGGGCAUGCCCAGCCCCUCCAAGGAUCCAACUUCCACCACCAGCAGAGAUCUACUGCUGCCCGGUGGCCUGAUGGGAAUGCUCGGUGAACUCAGCAGUGAUGAGAACAUAGGAGCAGGGUUUCUGGUUGCUGUUGAGAAACAUCGUCUGGAGCUAGAGAAACAAAGGCUGGCUGUGGAGACUGAACGCCUGGCGGUGGAGAAAGAGCGGCUAUUGGUGGAGAAAGAGCGACUUCGUCAGACAGAGGUGGAGAGAGAGCGGCUGCAAAUAGAGAAGGAGAGGUUACAGGUGGAGAGAGAGAGGCUGAGGCUCAUGCGUGUUGGCCAAUCAGAGUACGUCGACUCUUCUUUUAACCUGCCGCCGCAACAAGGCCCAGUCCUUUCCUCUCGUUCGUCCUUAUCCUCAACUCAUGAUGGACAGAGGGAGAAGGGAGUGUCGGCGGCGGACUUGGAGGCAGCGAAGUUAAAUCUGGAGAAGGAGAGACUGCAGCUGGAGAAGGAGAGACUGCAGUUCAUCAAGUUUGAGGCUGGCAGGCUGCAGAUUGAGAGAGAGCGCCUGCAAGUGGAGAAAGAGAGAAUGCAGCUCCACAAGGACCAUUUGUCAGUAAAAAUCUGAUAAGAGUGAGAAAAAGAGGGUAGCUGAGCAGGGUGAAUAAAUUAGAUGUCUCCAGAUCACUAUUGGUACUAGCAGCAGAUUUUUCACAGACAUACUGUCUAAGUUUGGUGCGAGACACUUUAAUGAUCUUUCCUAACUGGCCAAGAAGAAGCCCGAGAACAGUGCCUUAGGAUGUAAUAUUUGUUCGGCACAAUCAGCGGCCAAAUGCAACAACUGUUGGCUGAUGUUCAGCACUCUAGUUCACAGAAAUGUGCAGUAGAAGAUGUUAAAUAAAUACUGGGCUGUUAGUGCAAUUAAUCUUUAUUGGUGCAGAAAUAUUUAAAUAUAUAUAUGAAAUAGUGCUGUUGUACUAUAACUCCUAUAAACCCUAACCCUUGCCUAUCUAUUACUGAAAAACAAAUAGUUCAGUCACACUACAGUCAGCAUAUGAUGGUAACCUCCUUGCAUCUAGGAAAAAAUGGUGGUUGCCUUAUGAUUACAUUGAAUAUUUUGCAUUUGGUAAACAACUGCAAAUAGCUGCGACGAAUUGGUCACACAGAAGGUAAGCGUGCAACUCCAUCUACCUCUGGUUGGCCACUUUUGGUUGCAAGGUGAUUGCACAGGCCACUUAGUGGGAGGCAAAUGAUUUUCUCCAUACUAUCGGACCUGGACCAACUGCAGUCAGUCUCAGACAGAUUGUUGAAGGUUUGCAAAUAGUUUAUAAACUAAUGUACAGAUGCAGAAAGAAUGCCAACAAGUUCACUCAGUCUGAUUCAGUCUGAUGCGUCCCUUUGUAUCCCUUUGAAAAGGGGUCUAUCCUGGUUAGAUUUCUAUAUAAACGCAACACUGUUGAGCACUUGUGUCAUCGAUCCAUUGAUCCAUUGAUCCAUUGAUCCAUCCAUCCAUCUAUCCAUCUUCUUCCACUUAUUUGAGGCUGGGUUGUGGGGACAGCAGCCUAAGAAGAAAAGCCCAGGCCUACCACACCGAGAUGUUCCCAGGCCAGCUGAGAGAUAUAAUCUCUCCAGUGUGUCUUGGGUCUACCCCGAGGUAUCCUCACGGCAGGACGCCAACACCUUGCCUGGUUGGGUGUAGUGUACGUUGGGUAGCCUCAGCCAAGAGGACUGAUCCCCAGUUACUUCUGUCAUUUUGAAGUUAAAUCGCCAUGUUACAGCAACUAAACCACCAAUUGUGGAGGAAUUAUUAUGUCAUAUUUGAACUGUGAAUGUAAGUAGUGAUUGUGAAUUUCUGUUUAAUGUGAAUUUUUGUGUAUGUAGAGGCUCACAGAUUCACAGUUUUCAGGAGUUUAUGACAGUUAAUCACAGAUUCUGUUAAUUCAGUUAUAAAUUGACAGCAGACUGACUCUGUCCUUUUGCUUUUCUUUUUGCCGUCUUGACGUACUAAAUUUGUUCUAAAGAUGGCACCUGACUGCGUGCAGACAUGGUCCCUGUCAGUCAUUUCAAAGGCAGCAAAAUUGCAUGUUCAUUGCACACGGUCACAAUAAUUUGGGGCGUUCUGCGAUCUCCAACCACCGUUUUCUCUAGUGUGACUGUAACAAAAAGCGCACAACUUUUCUUGUACAGAAAAAUUUUAGUUCACAGAAGACAAACACGAUUGACAAUAAUAUUUAAGUUGAUAUCUCACCUUUUCACUGACUUUUAGAUACUAAUAUCACUACCACUGAGCCAACACGAGUCACACCACAACCCUGAAACUGAGAAACCUAAAUGGAAUUCAGCCAUUGCUAAUUUUAUAUACCACACACCUGUAUUCCUCCUACUCAUGUCAGGAAGGACUUUGCAAGAUUUUUAAAGGAAUUUCUGAUCAGCAAGUUUGAUGUGCAUGCUAAAAAAAUACUGUAAGUGAAGUAAUGAAAGUUUUGCUGUAAACAUGCUGUAAAGUAUU